AUGGAUCACCACCUCACGCCGACGCCGCCGUCGCCGAUGGAGAACUCGGCGGCGGGGCCGUCCUCGAAGCCGCCGACGCCGGCGUCCACGCCCAACUCGCGCCUCGCCUCGGCGCCGUCCUCCCGCCACUCCGCCACGCCGACGCACGCGUCCGCGCCGGCGUCCGCCCCGACGCCGGCCUCCCGCACCGUCUACAGCGACCGCUUCAUCCCCAGCCGCACCGGAUCCAACCUCGCGCUCUUCGACCUCGCCCCCUCGCCCUCCGCCGCAUCCUCCCACGAAGGCGGCCCCGGGGCCUCGUCCGGAUCUGCGCCCGCCGCGUCGCCCUACUGCACGCUCCUCCGCGCCGCGCUCUUCGGUCCCGACACGCCCGACCGGGUUGCGUCCUCGGCCACCGCGUGCUCGUCGUCCUCCUCCCCGGGGCCCUCGCCUGUGGGCAACCCCGCCACCGGGAACAUCUUCAGAUUCAAGACGGAGGUGCGCCGGAGCGCCAAGAGGGCUCUUUUUUUGGGAGAGGAAGAGGAGGACGCGCUGUUCCCCGGCAUUUUCACCACGAGGGGCGCAGGACCAAGGAAGGUCCCAAGGUCGCCCUACAAGGUGCUGGAUGCGCCCGCUUUGCAGGACGACUUCUACCUCAACCUCGUCGAUUGGUCUUCACAUAAUGUCCUCGCUGUUGGGUUGGGCAAUUGCGUUUACUUGUGGAAUGCAUGCAGCAGCAAGGUCACCAAGCUUUGUGAUUUGGGGGUGGAUGACAAUGUUUGUUCUGUGGGGUGGGCGCAGCGUGGCACUCACCUAGCUGUAGGCACAAAUCAAGGAAAAGUUCAGAUCUGGGAUGCAACUCGUUGUAAAAGAAUAAGAACAAUGGAAAGCCAUCGCAUGCGUGUAGGUGCUCUUGCAUGGAGUUCUUCAUUGCUUUCUUCUGGAAGCCGUGACAAGAGCAUCCUCCACCAUGAUAUCCGUGCUCAAGAAGAUUAUGUUAGCAAGCUUACCGGGCAUAAAUCUGAGGUUUGUGGACUCAAGUGGUCUUACGACAAUCGUCAGCUUGCAUCAGGUGGCAAUGAUAACAGACUUUUUGUUUGGAAUCCACAUUCAGUACAACCAGUACUGAAGUAUACGGAGCACACAGCAGCUGUCAAAGCUAUUGCCUGGUCACCUCAUCUCCAUGGCCUGCUUGCAUCUGGUGGAGGAACCGCAGAUAGAUGCAUACGAUUUUGGAAUACGACCACAAAUACACACUUGAGCUGUGUGGACACUGGAAGCCAGGUCUGCAAUCUUGUGUGGUCAAAGAAUGUAAAUGAGCUUGUUAGCACCCACGGGUACUCUCAAAACCAAAUAAUUGUUUGGAGAUAUCCAACAAUGUCGAAGCUUGCCACUUUGACAGGGCAUACAUACAGAGUAUUGUAUUUAGCUAUUUCCCCUGAUGGCCAGACCAUAGUUACUGGUGCUGGUGACGAAACACUCCGGUUUUGGAACGUGUUCCCCUCUCCAAAGUCCCAGAGUUCUGAUAGUUUAAGUUGCAUCGGGGGAACAUCAUUUGUUAGAAGCUACAUCCGGUGA